GCUCUGGUUGGCAAUGUGGACAGACAAAUGGUUUGUCGCUGUAACCCUGUCGCGUCGCACCUGGUUAGGCCAAGGAUUUAGGAUUAGAGGUUAGAAAAUACCAUUAGCUCAAUCUAAAAACAAUAGAAGUCAAUGGAAAGUCCUCACUGUAGAGAACCAAACGUCCGUGUCUUUGUCAAAUAGAAACAAAGAGAGCAAGAUGGAGAGGGGGAAUCAUAUUUCAUAUUCAAUUUCAAAUCCACGCCUUCUGCCACUAUAUACCAAUUACGCGGUUUAACUGAACGCAUAACAUUCAUAUGUGAGAUUAUGCACCUUGCAGGCAAAGUUUCAAGGGAACUGCCACCCACCAGAUCUCCGAGGAGUAGCGGCAGGAGUAGAAGAGAAGAAAGGACGUUCACGUUUGCCUCAUCUCUACACUACUUUAGUGGAGGUGGAAGAAGCUGAUGGACGUGAUGUUUAAUGCAGACAACUGUUCGCUAACCUGCACGGCCAGUUAGAAUGGUCCGGCUUUGUCGAGGAGACGGAGGAACAUUACAUGCGUUGCCCUGCGUAAGGAAGCAGUGUGAAAGAAGAACCGAUUUCUAUUGCGCUUAUAGUUCAACGCUUCUAUAGAACCGCACAUAUCGGUCAAGUCAUGUCUUUUGAAUUCCGAAUACUGAUGUUUGGAAUCGGGACAGCCCUGGUUAUAUUUGUGAUUAUAGCUGAUAUAUCGGAAGUGGAGGAAGAAAUCGCGAACAUUGAGGAUUCACAGAAGUUUCGCUUUGUCCUUCAGUCCAACAGAAAUUCAGUCCUGAAUAGUGUUCCUACUUCACUAGUCACCUAUCGAAAGAGCAAAGUCUUUUCUUCUCCAAUUCCACUGCCAGGCAUGAAGAGCAAAACCAGCAAUUCAUUCUCACCAGAAUGGACUUUCAACAGAACCUUGUCUAACCUCAUCAGGAAAAACAUUUUGAGGUUCCUGGAUGCUGAGAGGGACAUCUCAAUUCUUAAGAGCACCUUUAAACCCGGGGAUGUAAUUCAUUAUAUAUUUGACCGCCAGAGCACCACAAACAUCUCUGAGAACCUGUACCACCUUUUGCCGACUGUGUCUCCCAUGAAGAACCAGCAUUACAAACAAUGUGCCAUCGUAGGGAACUCUGGGAUACUACUGAAUAGCAGCUGCGGCAGAGAGAUUGAUUCACAUGACUUUGUCAUUAGGUGUAACCUGGCUCCAGUGGAGGAGUAUGCGACUGAUGUGGGCCUGCGCACCAGUCUGGUGACUAUGAACCCUUCUGUGGUGCAGCGUGCUUUUCAGGACCUGAAUAGUGAGGAGUGGGUACAGCGCUUCGUCCACAGGCUGCAGAGCCUCAGCGGGAGUGUGCUGUGGAUCCCUGCCUUCAUGGCUAAAGGAGGAGAGGAGCGAGUGGAGUGGGCCAUCCGCCUAAUUCUUCUGCAUACCGUGAACGUCCGCACUGCCUUCCCCUCCCUGCGUCUGCUCCAUGCUGUCAGAGGAUACUGGUUGACCAAUCAUGUCCAGAUCAAAAGACCCACCACUGGACUCCUGAUGUACACCAUGGCCACACGCUUUUGUGAUGAGAUCCACUUGUACGGCUUCUGGCCUUUCGCUCAUGAUCCUGACGGCAAACCGGUCAAGUACCACUACUACGACACGCUAACUUACCACUACACAUCCAGUGCCAGUCCACACACAAUGCCUUUGGAAUUUAGAACUUUAAGUGCUCUUCACAGACAGGGGGCGCUGCAGCUGCACACGGGACCGUGCAAACUUCCAACAUGAGCGUUAGCAGCCUCAUUCCAAAUGGUUUCAUACACUGGAUCUUAGAGAUGCUGUGGAAAAUAUAGAUUACCUGAAUACUUUAGGUACAUUUCUGACCAAAUGUGAGAAUGCAAUAUGAACACGGGGUAGGUUCAUAUGUUCAACCUUAAGAAGGUGUUUAAUAUCUAAUUAAGGCUAUUUUAUAAAAAGUUCCUUGCCAUUGUUUUAUUUGUUCUUAUCCCAUGUUUUUUAAAAUGUUUCUUUAAGUGUCUUAUUUGUUCAGAUUUUAUGCCAUAUUUGGCCACAAGGUGAUAUGAGAGGAUAAAAUGAGAGGCU